GGAGAGGCUGCACUGAAGAGCGCAACAGCACGACUCCGAGCAUCUACAGGUUGCUUCGCGUCUCUCUGCUGUUCUCCGAGCGUCUCAGCAGAACAGAGGAAACAGAGAAAGACGCGGAGAUGAACUGUUGGGUCGCGGAGGGACGCAUCUGGAACAGUUCAGACUUGGACUGCACGUAGACGCUUCUCGUCAAAAUGCUCGAUCCGCAGCCUGGGCAGCUCAGUUAUCACCUGUUUGAACAAUUCUCCUCCUCUGUGCAGGACUUUUCCGCUGCAUUAAACCAUCUUGCCCACGUUUCUCCCGAGGACUGUGCGUUCUUCCCGAGAGCGCCAUGCCACAGGUCCCUCUCUGCAGCGGCACCCCGGUGACAACAGAGACAUAAUGGCAUGUAGGAACGGCUGCUGCUGCGGCUCCGGUCCUAUAAACGAGGAUAACGCGAGGUUCCUCCUGCUGGCAUUAUUCAUCAUUAUUUACCUCCUGUGUGGGGCCGCCGUCUUCUCCGCGCUGGAGCAGCCGAUGGAGCGAGAGGCGAAGGAGCGCUGGGCGCAGAGGUUCGAGCUCUUUAGCCAGAAGUAUAACCUGAGUAAAAAAGACCUGAAUAACUUUCUGAGGAGCUACGAGGAGGCGAACGUGGCGGGGAUCCGCGUGGACACGAUCAGACCGAGAUGGGACUUCACUGGAGCUUUUUACUUCGUGGGAACGGUGGUGUCAACCAUAGGUGAGAGGGGGAACAAGCCUUAAAACCUUAAAACUUUUAUUUUACACAACACCAACUCUCCAGGUGUGAACUCUCAUUUGUUAGAGUCUUGGGGCCAAUAAAGUGAUCAAGUUUUUGCAGGUUUUUAUAUUUGGUAAAAAAUUUAAGACACUAUCCCUUCAAAACCACCUUUAACUUUUUCUUUAUUGUGCCAUUUUUAAAAAUGAUCAGACAAAACUUCCUGAAGGUUAGAUAUCACUCCCAGUCCAGUUGCAUGCACAAUAUUUUAACAGAUGUGUUGUUUGUCCACACAAUGUCAGAAGAGGUGAAAAUCUCAUUAGGUCUCAAUAAAACUGUCUCAAAAAGCAGCAAAUUCUGAAAUUAAUGAAGCAAAUGAUCAACUUCCUGAUUAAAAUGAUAAAUUUGUCACUAUAUCAAAACACUUAAGUGAAUUUUUUCUGUAUCUUCAGAUAAAUCCUUGCAGCCCUCAUCUGUUGCUGUGUGCUAGUGCCGUUACCAGCAGCUGACAUAACUAACCCCCCAUUUACACGACAUUAAAGUACAAUCUGUCACCAGGUUCAUCUGCGCGCUUGCCUUUCUUGUUUUAGAUCUUAGAGCAGGACGAGGAUGUAGGUCUGUAUGUCACCGACGUGGACUAGCCUGCGUUCGCACUUGGGCAUGACCUGAAUGCAAUAUGAGUCAGACCAUUUCUAGAUGUGGGCGAGCGGAAACAGAGGCUGAGACACAAGGCCGACCUGGAGGUCUUAGCUCCUCCUCCUCUGAUUCUUUAUGUCUCUACUCCUCAAUGACGAAGACAAGAAGUAAAACUACAACAGGGUCUUAAAGUGGAGAAAACGAAGUUCAUUCUGAAAUCCAUUUCUCGAUACAAGGAACUGAUAUGAGGGUUCACUAACCGUGUGCAGUAGCGAUGUGUCGUUCAUGAACGAUUCAUUCAAAAGAACGGAACUGCUGAGUAGACGACAGGAAUGGAAUCACUCCAAGAUCUGAUUCGUUCCUUUCUCAGUUCAGUUGAGCUCAGCCGUGAGCGUGGCGUGCCGGUCGGGAGUGGAACUGCCACCUUUGACUCUUCGGCGAACGACACACAGCCAGCCAGCGAGUGGGCAGGCAGAGUCUCGUGAUUCCCAGACAACUUGAGGCAGACAGAAGAGGGAGUGGCGUAGCGUCGUUCAUGAACUGCCUAGCACUGGUUCGUUCACUGCGUAUUUAUUUUUAAUCCGGCGAUAUAAAAGAACGACGACUUGCGCUCGUUUAGCGGGUGUCCCGCUUGCUGCUGUGUUGUUUCACUCGCGAUGCAAACGUCAGUGGCACACAGAGAGGUGAGUUUGUCAGGGCAGGGGAGUGAUUCUUCCUUCACAACUUGGCGAAUGAACGACAUGAGCCACCCAGUGAACGACGCUGUGACUUCAGCAGCAGGGGAGGGGAGGGGAUUGGCUCGUUUAAUGAAUGAACUCCCGAUUAGCGCCGUUGUGUCGCUCACGGGGGACUGAUUCAGUGAACGAUCUUUUGAACGAAUCAUUUUAAUGAACGGAUUCUAAAGAUUCAGUCCAGUCAAAAAAAACUGUUCUUCCCAUCACUAACAGGUCCAAGUAAAUGGACCAAAUUAGACACCUGUUGCAAAUUACAGUCAUGCUUGAGUUCAUUUCAGAUCCAAAAUACCAUCACCACCUGUGCGAAAAAUGUCUUAAUCUUGACUUGAAUAUCAAUUUAGGUUCUGCAAACUCCGCCGCCGAACAAAAGCCAGUCUAAGGUCUACUUCAGAGCAAGAAAUGUCCCUGAGAACAAAGCUCUGCUAUCUGAGGCCCGACUGUGCUCGGAGCUGCCAGAGAGCAUUAGAAAAAUCUGUGUCAGUGAGGCAGACAGAGUGAAGAAGACACAGAGUCCUCUCUCGAGCCAACACAGCACACUGACAAUAAACCUUUUGUUGUCCCUACUCCUGAUUCCUGCUUUCACUCCCCCUACCUCUGUCACUGUUUUCCUCCUGUCAGUGUCCGACGGCCUGCGCCAUUUUCAACAUCUCUGAUUAGAGCCAGCUGCUGCAGAGUGAUUGACAGCUUGACUGGACUACUGAUAAGUUGACCGGCUGAUGCGUCUGCCAGUGAAAUGAGAGUGGCGGUGAUGAAGCCAGGGUGUCUUUCUCGCAGGAAUUGUUUGCCAGUGCAUCUCAACUUCCAAACCUCAAAUAAUCUCCUGAGACUGCUGACAGAGUUGUAAACGCUUAGAAGGAUGCAGACGAUCACCGACCGUGGCGCUGUUUGAGGCUAAUAUUAACGCAAAUUGAAUAGAGGAGCCAUCAUCGUGACUUGCUCUAUUAAACAAACGUCCGUCCUCCUGUCACCUCUGUUUUGAAAAGCAGACACAGGCUUUCUUUAGAUCCCAUCAGAGGCUCAUUCUGAUAAUGGGUCCUCCAGAGAGUGACCUGUGUGAGUCAGAGUUUGGAUAUGCGCGUGUGAGAGGAUAAUAGAGCUGCUCUUUUAAGGUGAAGUCAGAACAUAUGCACGCAGAAGACCUCGUGUUUAGGUCCCCACUGGAAGAGAGACGUCAUUGCAUCGUCAUUGAAAAAGAAAGCAUCCAGAUUUCACUCAAUUUGGCUUCGUGAUCCAUCACGUUACAUUUGAUUUUGAGAGUAUGAUCUUCUUGAUCAUUUCUUCUCAUCAUUCUGCAGCUUCAAGAGCGAAGCUGCGUGCGUCAGAGCUGGAAACAGAGCUGUAGCUCAUGAUAAUGGAGAUGUUUCUCAAAGGCACGGUCAGAACAUAUACACAUGUAAAUUGGAAUUCCACCGUCAUACACGCUGUUAUACAUACGGAAGAAAACCACAAUGGGACAAUAACACAGCGUGUAGAUUACCGUCAUUCUCGGUCUUCUCCUUAGAGUUGGACACAAAGGUUGUUUUUUUCCUUUCUUGGAGUUCUGGUAGUUUUUGGAAACCUUCGCAGUGGAAGUGAAAGUCCAUUUAGGUGAGCUGCGGCUUGGAUCGCUGCGAAAGUCGGUUUGGUUUUUAUAGCAAAAGCUGAGCAUUGGUGAAAGCAUCUGGUUCACUGACCUUUAAUAAGAAGUGAAAAGAUGUUUUUUUUUCUUUCCAACUAGGAAUCGCUGCAUCUUUCUAUGGCUCUGCGCAUGUUUAAGGUCAGUUUAGAAAUUUCUGACGUGUUUUGUUAAAGAGUUGAAAUGAGUCAGUGUGCAAAUCUGUGAGCUAGAGUCAGAUAGAAGAUAGAGUCAUGAUGGGAUGUCAAGGGUCACUGUUUACAACUCGUGAACCAUGUGCUCACUCUGUCAGGUGUGAAUAUGAAGCACAACCUGAGCAGACAUUAUAUGUGUGUCCAAAUAGGCUUAGGCAUUGACAGCUGUUGAAAGCGUUUCAUUAGAAAACCCAUCUGUAAAACAUUUGUAUUAUAUUUUCUGUUGGCUCGACCAUCACUUCUACUUGAGCAAAUCUUCAUAUCUCUACUUUCUCUUUGUCCUUUUUACUGUUUUCAUUAAUUCCCCUCAUUUGUUAUUUGGCAAAAAUUGCAUAAUUCAAAGCAAAAGCAGACUGGGACACAAAAGAACCUAAAGCAGGACAAAAAAUUUCAAAUUAAAAGCAUGACAAGAUGAAUCAUAAAGUUGAAUAUAAUUAGAAAUAGAUGAUGUCAUGAAAGUUAAUUGCAUUUAACUAUAAAGUUAUUAAAUUAAUGUGUUGCUCCACCCUUGUCUUGUGUUUCCUCAAGUUUUCCAUAAAUAUGCAAAGCAAAUAACCUAAGAUGGAGAAGCUGGUGGUGUUUUCCCCACCUGACUUCCGAUCAGUUAGCCUCUUGCUAACUUGUUUGUCAACUAUAACAGGAAAAGCAAAGACUGACAUACUUUCUCUUUGUCCUUUUUACUGUUUUCAUCUGCCAAAAAUCGCAUACUUCAAAAUAAAAGCAGAGCGGGAUACAAAGCAACCUAAAGCAGGACAAAAAAUUUCAAAUUAAAAGCGCAACAAGAUGAAUCAUAAAGUUGAAUGUAAUUAGAAAUAGGUGACGAAAUGCAAGUGAAUUGCAUUUAAUAGUUAAGUUAUGCAAAGCAAAUCACCCAGGAUGGAAAAGUUGGCGGUAUUUUUCCCACCUGACUUCUAAUCAGUUAGCCUCUUGCUAACUUGUUUGUCAAUUGUUUGGAUAUGUGAUGUAAAAGAUCAACUAUAGGAGGAAAAGCAAAAGCUGACAUACUUUCUCAAUAAAGUCACAACAGUGUCACACAACCAGCCGUGCUCAAAGCUUUUAUGCUGAACCGUCAGCCCCACUUGGACGUCAAACUCACAAAUUCAAACAUUAUUCUCUCGCCUUUCUUUCUCAAAAGCUUUAUUUUAUUAAACAGAUCAAAUGACACAACGAGGUCACAUUGCGAGCAAACGGAACGAGAAGGAAAGCCAAACCGCGCGGAUAAAAUCCAGCUCAUUUGGCUUUAUUGUCGUGCUUGAAAUAAAACUUUGACGCCCAAUUAGCACCUUGAGAACAACUCUGAAUGUGGAGGCAAUCAAAUCCUCCACAAGAAGCCUGCCUCUGCACAGUGGCAGUUAGUCAAUCUGCAUAAUGUGUUUUCUCAGGACACAAAAUAUGGUAACAUUCGUUUUUGUUUUGCAAGUGAAAUGAAAACGAGUCUCAUUUUUUUUUCAAUCCUUGAAUUCGACAAUAUUCACAAUCACACACAAUUCAGCUGAAAACUCUAAAAGGAAUAUCAGACAGAGACGGCGUCUGAAUGAGCUUCGAGCGCUCAAUGGAGGAUGAAAAGGAUGGUGGAGAUUAGUGCAGUUGAGAGAGAGAGACCUUUCGCUUUUGCCUCAUUUGCAUCUCUCAUUAACGUUCAUCUAGGGUGGUCCGAUUACAAGUGUUCACCUCUGAGUUUGUCACCUCACACCUCGGAUCAUGGCGCGGCACGUACGUCACAGCUGACCACUGCAGUCCGCCGUAAUCCUUUGCCCUUUAUGCAAAUAUGCAGUCAUCAUUUUCGUCAUAAAAAACAUCCGUUUCUAAGACUGUGACGCACCCUCGCAGCGCAAAGGGAGGUCUUAUUAAUAAGGAAAGUUGUAUUAACGUCUUUGAUCACGAAUCCUGCUCUUCCUCUGAAGUUAAUCAAUGAGGAGGAUAAAAAGAAUAAAAAAACCUCUUUGAAUACUAACUGUGAUAAUUAGUGUACACAUUUAAGCCCCUGAUCUGAGAGACAGCCAAUUUAAAUACCUGCUUAAUGCAUCGUGGGGAGUCCGCACCUUAAAUUGGCGGGCUGUCAGCUUGAGAUUGGAUCACCCUCGAUCAACUAAAGGUCCUUUCGCAAUUAACUGGUAUUUACUGAAAUAUUGAAUAUCAACAUUGUGCUAAAAAUAAUCAAACAGGAGUAGCUGCGAUUAUUUAGGCUGGUGGCCACACGUAGGCGAAACAAAGAAAAAGCAGCAGACUGCCUGUAAACUGAGUGAAAGUGGGUCUCUCAGAGAUGAUGGAGCACUUUGAAUAAACACUUGGUUUACACUUCAUUUGACGCCUACCUCUAUAACGCAUUAUAAAUAUAUGUGUAAUGCAUUAUAACUAUAAUAUAAUUAUAAUCAUGUUAUAGCACUGUAUAACUAUAGUUAUAAACACUCAUAAAUGAUCAUAUUGUAGGGCCCGAUUGAUAUGGAUUUUUUGGGGCCGAUAUAGAUUAUUGGGGGGGGAAUCCGAUUACCGAUCAAUUGGCCGAUUUUUAAUAAUUUUUUAUGAAGUUAUGAAAAAUAUAAAUUUACUGUAGGCUACUGUUCUUCACGCCGACAGGAAGACCGACUGAUCAAACUCGGAUCAGAAAACCAUUUCUAUAUCUAUAUUUCGUUGCUCUGUUCUUGUGACAUGUGCAAUCACAAUAAAGUUGAAUUCUAUUCUGGUCUAUUCUAUUCUAACGUGAUUAUAAUCCAUUACACAUAUAAAUUUAUAAUGUGUUAUAGAGAUAGGCAUCAAGUAGUGUUGUGUCAUUUGCGAACGAUUCGUUCAAAAGAACCGAAUCUUUUAAGUGAACGUACUGAACCGAAUCACUACCUCGAAUGAUUCGUUCGUUCUGAAGUGAGAAACAGCAUUGUUAAUCGAGCAGCUGGCGAACGAGGGACCACAUGCACUGACGACUGAAUCACUUGGUGAACGAAUCAUGCAUUGAACUUCACUCUCUGGAAUCAUUUUUGUUGGACAAAACUAAUUUUUUUUUUCUCACUGCUAAAUUGCCACCACAACAACUUUCAUACAAUAGGACACAGCAUGUAACAAGUAGUGCAUUAAACCUGCAGUAUCCUAUCUUUGCAGCGGUUUGCGAGGGAACGGUGCAUGUUCAGUGUGAAUUCUUCUAAACGUUCAGUGAGCGCAACUUACCGAGCAGACCUGGUAAAUAGCAUACCAUAGGACAAUACACUUAAAAUAUCAUGGCUUAUAAACAAGUUCAUUUUUACAAACCUGUUUUUGCCAAAUCAACUCAACCAAACUCUCUCGACUCCCGGUCCCAGAAGCUAUGAGCUGAACUGAAUCCUGAACCGUUCAGCUCUGUAUCAGUUCAGGAGGUCGGAGUCGCAGGCUUCUCCCGCUAAAUGAUUCGGUGAUUUGGUGAACGAAUCUUCUGAACAAAUCUUUUUAGUGAACUGAUUCUAGUGAUUCGCUACAUCUAAAAGAACCGCCAUGCCAAUCACUAGCGUCAAGUAAAGCGUUACCAACACUCUCAACUAAGAUCAAGAUGAUUGUGAUUAUCAGUCAAAUCUAUGGACUUAUAUCUUUGCACAUAUAUAUUAUGUUGCUCCACCCUUGUUUUGGAUUUAUUUUGCUCCAGUUAUCUUGAUAUUUUACAGCCAAAAUCAUGAGGUGAAAAUCUGAUACCAUAGCAGCCCCAGUUCACAAGAGAAAAAGAAGUCACAUGCAGACGGGUCCUCGUCGUACUAAAGUCAAAAACACAUACAAUCCAAGCAUUAACAAAUAAAGUCCACUUAUCAUAAACGGAGAUGACUGUAGAGACUUCAGAGAUGUGCUUCGCCUAAAAACUCCUGAACUCCUCCAGAAAAAGAAAGAUAAAAAAAGAGACGGCUAGAGAGAUAGAGAGAGUGUCACCAAUAGCAACCCAGUAGAUUGAGGCAGUGGUAUGAGUGCAGUAUACAGAAUCUAUAUUCAUGUCAGAGAGAAAGUGGGUUUAGUUUAAAAGCCAAUUCAGAGCAGCUGUGAGCGAUGGCCUCUCUUAUCUUCUCUUUAAAUGAUGCAUUCAUUGGCUAAAAGCUCUGUGUUUGAUUUGUAAAUGCAUUUAAGAGACACUGAAAGCGCCGAGUCGAAGCGUUUCUCUGGUGAAGGUAAUGCUUUUAUGCGAAUACUUCUUUAUUACUGAUGUGCUUUUAGAUCCUGCAGGAUGAAAAGGAGGAUUCAGGCUCGGCUUUUCAUAGAUGCAUCAUAAUUUGAUCAUGUCGCUCAACUUGAAUUUCUGUUUUUUAAUGUAAUUCAGGGUUUGGGAUGACCACGCCGGCGACCAUCGGAGGAAAAGUCUUUCUGAUGUUCUACGGCCUCCUCGGCUGUGCGGCGACCAUCCUCUUCUUCAACCUUUUCCUGGAGCGCGUCAUCACCGUCAUCGCCGUCGUACUCAAGUCCUGUUACGAGCGACGCCACAACAAAGCCGUUCUCCCGCAAAAUGGUCGACGGACCUCUGAGGGGAACAGAGCGGGCGCAGGCGGGGGAAACGGAGGAGGGAAAGGAGCCGAUCUGGCCGGUUGGAAGCCUUCGGUUUACUGCGUCAUGCUCAUUUUAGGAGUCGCAGCCAUCUUGGUUUCCUGCUGCGCCUCGCUCAUGUACUCUGCAGCCGAGGGGUGGGGCUACCUGGACUCGCUUUACUUCUGCUUUGUGGCCUUCAGUACUAUCGGUUUCGGCGACAUGGUAAGCAGCCAGAGGGUCGUCUACGAGGGCCAUGCCACCACUGCGUAUCGUCUCGGCAACUUCCUCUUCAUCCUGACGGGCGUCUGCUGCAUCUAUUCCCUCUUCAACGUCAUCUCCAUCGUCAUCAAGCAGGUCCUCAACUGGCUGCUGAGGCGGCUGGAGACCCCGUGCCGCUGCUGCUUCCCCAGAAGGGGCCACCACCCGCACAGGCACCCCAGACGAAACGUGGUGGCUCCGGGUCACUUGCGCGCCCGCAGGGACCCCUCCAUCGAGACAGACGCCAUCAAUGAGAGCGAGACUGACACCGGACGCAGGAUGUCUGGGGAAAUGAUCUCCAUGAGGGACUUUCUAGCAGCCAAUAAGGUGAGAGCUUCAGGGCAGGAGCGGCCCGCGAGACUUUCCACCUGUUUAAUACGAUCAUGCGUAUUAUUACGAGUGAGAUAUCCACUUAUCUCCAAGAGGAAUUAGAUUAGGCGCUCAGAUGAGUAGCAGGAAGAACAAUUGGUCAAUAAUCUUGUUUCCCUGUAGUCAUGUCGACCAGAUUCAUUAACUCUUUAUUCAAUCUGACCCAUUUCAUCCCACUCAUCGUCAGCUGGAUUGAAUUUAAUUGAUCUAUUGCAGUUUUCCUGUCAGUGCAGGACUUCUUAUGAACCGUGACGUACAGGUUAAACAGCCUCUGUGCAAUCCUCAUGAAACAAUGCUGGGACCAAAAUUAUUUAUAUUAUAUAGAAAUGACAUGUUAAAUUUCUGGUGUAUUAAAAUUUGCUAUUUUUGCUGAUGAAACUAAUAUUUUUAUUAGGGCCCGACCGAUACAGAUUUUUUGGGGCCGAUGCCGAUUAAUCAACCUUUGACAGUCAGGAAGACUGACUGAUCAUCUCAGUGAUAUUCUGUGUAUUUCUCAUGAAUCCGUGUCUACGUACAGGUUAAACAGCCUCUGUGCAAUCCUCAUGAAACAAUGCUGGGACCAAAAUUAUUCAGAAUAUAUAUAAAUGACGUGUAAAAUUUCUGACCGAGACCAGCACAGUGGGGAACAUGUUGAAGUGGGUUGAACUGAAACUUGUCGACUUAUUGUGUAUUUCACAAACUGGUUUAUUCACCGUUGAGGCGGACCACUCUCCUCUGUGCAUCCCUGAGCUGCCUGCUUCAGAUCCGUCACUCUGCUGUAUUGUGAGGAAGUUAGUGGAAGAAGAUUAUCACGAGGUCGCUGCGCCAUCUACAGGAUAAGUCGGGGAAAUUUUCAAAUGGUGGAACAUUUUCGUAGUGAAACCGAAUUUUAUUCUCUGCAUUUUAUUUCUAAAUAAAAAAUCGGCGAAAAUCGGCGAGUUUUGGCCGAUUACCAAAUAGUCUAAAACCGGCUAAAAUUGUCCGAUUUAAUCGGUUGCCAAUAAAUCGGUCAGGCCCUAGUUCGUACCACAGUAAUUAAAGCAGAGUAUGAUUGAAAAAUACAUACAAAAGUGAUUUUCGUUAUGCUACACUUACUAUAUUGUUUAUGGGUAUGGUACACGAGAGAUUUGAAGUAUUCUAGGUAUAUAUAUAUAUAUAUAUAUAUAUAUAUAUAUAUAUAUAUAUAUAUAUAUAAAUAUGUAUAUAAAGUGCAUAUAGGUAUGGAUAGGAAAUGAAUAGGAAUGAAUGAGGGUAGGUACAUAUAAGCUAAAUAGCUUCAUUCUACUCCUUUUCGAUCUCCAAAAAAAUAGGGAAUUCCUCAUCUAAAAUUGUACUGUAUGUAUAUUUAAUCGAAUAAAAUACAAUCUGAAACAAAGUUGAAUAGAAAACCAGAUAAAACUGCUUAUUUUCCCGUUAGGACCAUUUCUCAGGACUAUGUGGUGCUUUGAUGAACACCUGCUCGACUCCAUAUACAUACAGCAACAGCACAUGUGACAAACAGCUGAGUGCAGCCAAUAACAGCACGGCUGAGUGGACAAUGUCAGAAUCAAAGUAAGAAGCAGAAAUCCUGCUUCUGGAGAAAAUCAUUUGGCAGUCCUUUCAGCUUUCAGCUUUUCUUUUUCUCUGUGGUCAGUGUAACCUGAAAUACCAGGUGUUAAGGCAGCCUUUUUGAAAAGUUGCCACACAAUUUGGGUGGAUGUUUGAAACUUUCUGUCAUUGUUGGAGGACUGAAAAAGAUUGCCAAGCCCAUCGUUGAUGAGGGCUGCUGGACUAAUAUUCAGGGUUUGAAUUCAAACAGUGAAUAUUCAUUGAUAUUGGAAAGCUGAAAUCAGAACCGGGCUUGUUUUUCAAAAGUCAGGGCUUUCAGACUCUUGGCAAGAAUCAGGAAAAUAGAUGGCUCGCUAAUCUUCACCGAGAGCCAUGUGCUUCACUCCGCCAAAACUAGAGGAUGGGGGCCAAAUGAAAAGAAAAAAUAAUUACAAAAGGGAGUUUUUUUAAAAUUUCCAAUACAAGAUUAAUGCUGAAAUUUUAAAAAAUCUAAAUUUUGAGACUAAAGUUGAAAUUUCGAGAUUAAAAAAUUCAAAAUUACGUGAAUAAAGUCAAAAUUUCAAGAUCAACGUCGACAUAAAUAGAGUCAAAAUUUCGAGAUUAAAAAUUAAAAUUUCAAGAUUAAAGUUGAAAUUUUGAGAUUACAAAAUGUCAUGAAUAAUGUAGAAAUUCGAGAUUAGAAAAACUAAAAUUUUAAGAUUAAAGCCCAAAUUCUGAGAUAAAAGUCGACACUAAUACAGUCAAAAUUUCAUCCUAUUAAAAUUUCUACUUUAAUCUCAAAAUCUCAACUUCAAUCUGGAAAUAGAAAUUACAAAAAAUCUCCCUCCUGUAAUUAUUUUUUUCUCUUUUUGUGGCCCUAAUCCUCUUUUGUACAAAACAGACUGUUUAUCAAUCUUAAUAUCAAUCAGAAUAUUCAUGUCUACAACUAGAAACAUCUCAGUGAUAAAAUAAAAAAUAAGUCAACAAUUAUAGGGUGCUUUUCAAAAUAAAAGCACUGAAAUCAAACGUCUUAUAGUCAGACUAACAUACCUGGAUACACUGGUUGGAGAUUGAUUUUUCCUGACAUGUAUAUGCUUUAAUCAAAUUCUCCUGCUCCAUUGAAUAGCAUUGAUACACUGCUAGGAAUCCAGUGAGUCAACAAAACCUUGUUAGAUGAAGAAGGGAUGUAAAUAAAGACCAAAAUUUUUGUCUUUGACGCAUAGCUGUAAAGUUUUGAUAGGUAACGCCAACGGGGAGACGACCCGCCAGUUACAAGCUGAAAGAGAGCAUGUCGCCACCUAUCCUAGCAGAGGAGGAAACGCUUCUGUCAGUUAUGCAGUAGUCCAGUUAAAUGGCCUAAUCAAGUAUUAUCUAUAGCUCUACUUUAACAGUUUAAAGAAAGUAAAAUUCUCUGGAAAACCGCAUUUGUACAUUACAAACUACUCUACUCACUUGUUUUGGAGGUGUGCUGCAGGUGGAUUACUGUUGCACUGUUCAAAAGUGACACAAAGGAGAUGCCACCAGUUUUAACUCAGGAGAUAGAGAUUGUAGCAAGAUUGAGAGACCAAUGAAAAAGAAAUGAUCAAAUUGGAGCCCGGUGAAAAUGACAGCAUUGCAAACCCAAGGUAAUCAUACUCAAACAUCAAAUAAGUGAAUUUUGUGACUGAAAAAUCUGAUAACCCUUAAACUGUUGCCGAUCAGCUGACUCAAAUAGACCUUAAAUGAUGCGCAACACUUUAAAGCAAUAAGGUUCUCAGUGCAGGGGUGUGUCCAAACCUGUUAGAUCGGGGUGGCCCUGCUGGGGCACUAAAAUGGGUAGGGGUGGCCGCAUUACAUGUGGACGCUUAAUAUCAUCUACUAUCUCCUUCUUCAUCAUCCAAUGCAGUAUUUCUGUGUAUAAAAAAUAAUGCCACACAUACAUCAUCUAAACCUUAGCCAAUCAUUGAUCAGGAUUUCAGCGCGAUACCUGUCUUAACCAAUCAGAUGAAUUUAUAUUGAUAUGGAAAUUUCUCACACUUAAAGGGACUGAAUUUCUUUCAUGAACUGUGUUUUGAUUUUGUUUUCAUACUAUAAUAACGGCCGUCAGUAUACCGUCCACAUGAUCAUCUCUGCAGUAGGUUGUAUUUGUUGCUGUUUCCCGGUCCACUCACAUAUUUUGUGACAAAUGCCUCAGAAUAACAAUGAUGCUGCUCAUUGCCAUCAUCGCCUCAGCGGCACUUGUAGCCACUUAAAGGCAUCAGUUGUCCAUAUAUUUCCAUAACAGCUAGCCUACUUUUCAGAGACGAGAGGGUUGAGCAUUGUGAGCAGCUGAAUGCCAAAAGCACGCUCUCUCGCCGUCCAAGAUUUCUCCGAUUCAAAACAAGAUCUGAAUUUUCACACCUAAUUAUCAUUCUGAUUAAAGAGCACGAAGGUCUCGGCUGAAUGAAGUGAUGGCGUAGAACGGAUGGUUCAUAUUUUUUCAUUAUCACAGAUUUGCUUGAAGAUGAUGAAGUGGUUAUGUCUGAGAUUUGGACAUGUGCGCGUUCAGGAGGGAAGGAAAAAGGAGGGAAGGCUGCAAGGACGCAACAGCAAGUUUGUCACUGCUGCACAUUUUCAGUCAGGAUCAGCCGAACAUUACAAAAUAAAGCAUUUCUUUAAUACCAGUCACCCCUCUCCAAACACUGACUCAUGGUUAGAGAUAUUAUUGUGCAGGUGAGCAGUUCAGACGCUGAAGAUGAAGUCGGAUGGUUCAAUCGACAGAGAAAAGUGAAAUUCUCUGAUAUAAUAACACUGCGGUCUGGGCGCUCUGAUGCCAACACAUCAUGCAAUUAAAAGACUUUCUGGGCGGAGAUUAAACAUGACUCAGCAUUACUUCAGUAUCUCUCUUUAGGUUUAAGGAGCCAACACUUAGCGACCCUCCAGCACAUAUUUCCUGUGUUGUUUUAAUACAAAAGACCCUCAAUAACCCUUAUAGAUCGACUUUAAAUCAAACAUGGCAGCUCAGGUAUUUGUUAUUCUUUAAAGGGUUGUUCAGUAGCUGAUGACAGCUUGCAAAUCAACAAAACACCUACAAUAUUUAAGCAUCUAAUGAGAAAAUAUUGAUGUUAAUAUUAAAGGUGUAGUCUGCAGGAAAUAGGAGUGAUUAGCAGUGUCAUUAGCUGCGUUUACAUGGGCACAAAUAAUCGGAAUAAAGGCGCAAACGGAAUAAAAAUGUGCCAUGUUGAUCAGAAGAUUCUGAUCAAUCGGCUCAAUAGGAAAGAAAUUACAUUCCGAUCGAGAGGGGUGGUUUAUGCCGAUCGUUAUUCCGAAACGCGUCCAUGUAAACACUCAUUCCGAUCGUGACUCUCUCAGUCAAGGUUUUAAGCCUUUGGUUAUUAUUCGAUCCGGCAAAAUUUAAAUCGGAUCAAGAAAUUUUGCCCACGUAAACAUGGCUAAUAAAGAUUAAAUGCUACCUUACUUACUCCUCCCAUUAAAGACGUGACGGUGGCCUUUGAGGACAAUAAGCUGAUGCACGAACAGUACGAAACUCAAUUUCCUAAGUUUUAAAUAUCACUGAUACGCAUUAUUUUGAGAAGAACAAUAAACUUUAUUUUACUUCUUUGUCGCACCUUCCCGUCGGUGCGUUUUUUCAUGUCGUGGACUUCUUUGUUAGGACUUAGACACCAAACUGGAGCAGUAUGAGACUGAGUUACUACAUAUGGGGUUUUGGCCAUUUGCUAUACACAGCCUGAUUUAAUUAGUGAGAGUUUUCGACUGCGGUAAUUCUAGUUUUCCUCCUUAUUUUUAUCACAGUCACACCUGUUUAUCUUCCUGCGAUCAUUUUCAGUUUUCAAUGUUCUGAUUGAAAAACUUGGCUACAUAAGAAGAAGCAAAGAAGACUUGGAGCUGCUGUAUUUUUCUGACGUUUGGUCAUGAACCAAAAUGAGUCUGUCGAGUUUUGUCCUGAUGAUGGUGAGAAAAAAAAUAGAGGUUCUGAAAAUCAUCCUCAGAGGAGUUUUCAGGCCGUCAGCAGUGUUGCUUUAUUUGCGAUGUGAUUAAUUCCUGUUUCCUGCUGCUGCCCUGAUGAAAAAUGACCAAACCACUGUGCUUCACUCAUUCACAUUUGACUCAGAAAACCUCGUAGAUGGAUGAGUUGACGAACACAAUACUUUAUUUAUCUCUAAUUCAUGGUUAUAAACGACACUGUUGCAGCAGUACAGCACUCAUUGGUAAAGUAAAUCUAAAAAUCAAGAAUAUAAUGUCUGUUUUAUUUCAUUCCUGUUAUUCAAAAUUCAAGAUGCUGGUAAGAAUUUGCUUUACAUGAACUUGAAAUGCAUUUAACUGCUUAUUGAAUAAAGGGAAUACCUCAAACAUCGCUUCAUCUGUUUACACAUAACUGAAUAUGCAUAAUGCAACAUCGAGAAUAUAUAUAUGUUCCUUUAGUCAUGUUGUGACCUGUACUACUAAUAGACUUAAUGUGCCUUAAACACAGUUCUGCACAUCACGUCGCCUACUUUCUCCACAAAUUGCUUCGGAGAUUGGAUGUGUGGGAGCAUAAAUACCUGGCCCCAGUCUGUCACACUCAGUCAGUGUUUGUUGUCUUUGUUCCUAGCUUUGUUCAAGCAGAAGAAAAACACCAUAUGGUGGCCUUAGAUCACACCUAAGACGACUACAACACAUUGUCUCCCUUCUUCUCUUACUAUUUGCAUAAACUGUGCUUCAAACAUAUCCCUCUCAUCCCUGCAGGUGAACCUGGCUAUUAUGCAGAAGCAGCUUUCCGAGAUGGCUAUUGGGCACCCGCGCCAGUCCAGCUCCAGUUCACACCAGAACGGAUUCUCAGGAGGGGUUGGCGCCCUUGGCAUCAUGAAUAACCGGCUGGCAGAGACCAGCGUGGACAGAUAGGGGAAAAACAGUGUGAAUCCUCUUUAAAAGGGUGCAAGAGGUGAAACAGAGGAGGACAAAUUGACACUGAGACCUGCUUUUUGAUAAAAAAAAUAAAAAACACAAGACUGAAUUUAUGAAUACAUGGUUCCCAUCAGUGGAGAAGCGGACCCCCUGACAAUAACAGGCGUGUAGUUAAGCCGACGCUGCCCGUGUCUUUGAUGAGAAGAACAUGGUUACAUGAAAGAUGCAUGAUAGUCUGCUGGAGCAUCACAUCUGGACCAUGCUCGAUGUACUGAAAUGUGUUCCCCUGUGAGGAAUUCAGUUUCCAUGGUGAUAAAAAAAAAAAAAAAAACCUGCCUAGAGCUCUUGUAUCCAAGCCUUAAAUACCUGAUGCACUACAUGCUACUUUACACACCUAACUGCUUUAUUUGUCUUCGACUCAUCCACUUACACACUUAACAACACUUAAUACCGCUCGACCCAUGUCCAAACUGUAUCUGUAACUAAUGAGGAGAAAAUAGCUUUAAUAAAAUGGGUGUUUCUUGGG